AUGGAUCGAAAAAGUUGGCCCUGGAAGAAAAAAUCUUCAUCUAUUAAGGCAGUGGCUGAAAAUGCUCCUGCUGCUGAGUCAGAAUCUUCUACUGCCCUUUCAGAUGCAGGGACAACUCAGGCUGACCAGACUAAACAGGAUAGCAAUAAAAAACCAAAGUAUUUUCAAAUUUCAAUGGAGUCUUAUACACAUCUAACUGGGUUGGAAGAUGAAGUGAAGUCCUACCAAGAGCAAAUGAAAACUCUUGAAGAAGAAGUAAUGGAGUUGAAUGAAAAACUGUCGGCAGCCCAUGUGGAAAUGACUAAUAAAGAAAACCUGGUGAAACAACAUUCCAAAGUUGCUGAAGAAGCCGUCUCAGGUUGGGAAAAGGCCGAGGCAGAAGCUUUAGCUUUGAAAAAUAAUUUGGAAUCUGUCACACUGUUAAAGCUCACAGCAGAAGACCGGGCAUCGCAUUUGGACGGUGCUCUCAAGGAGUGCAUGAGGCAGAUACGAAGUUUGAAGGAAGAACAUGAAGAAAAUUUACGCGAGGUUGUUCUUAAUAAAACAAAACAAUUUGACAAGAUGAAGCUCCAUCUUGAAGCAAAUAUAUCUAAUUUGGAGCAAGAAUUGCUCAGGUCUGCUGCUGAAAAUGCUGCACUUUCAAGGUCUUUGCAAGAGCGCUCUAACAUGCUGAUCAAGCUAAGUGAAGAAAACUCACAAGCUGAGGCAGAGAUAGAACUUCUGAAGAGCAAUAUUGAAUCCCGUGACAAGGAAAUAAAUUCACUCAAAUAUGAACUUCAUAUUGCUUCGAAAGAGCUUGAAAUUCGCAAUGAGGAGAAGAACAUGUGUGUGCGGUCUGCAGAAGUAGCUAACAAGCAGCACCAGGAAGGAGUAAAAAAGAUUGCUAAACUUGAAGCAGAGUGUCAGAGGUUGCGGGGUCUGGUUAGGAAAAAGUUGCCUGGUCCUGCUGCGUUGGCCCAAAUGAAACUUGAAGUUGAAACUUUGGGGCUGGAUUAUGGAGGCUCACGUCUGAGGAGGUCUUCGGUGAAGCCUCCUACUUCACACUUGAGCCAAUUACCUGAAUUUUCACUUGAUAGUACGCGCAAGUACCAGAAAGAAAAUGAGUUACUUAAUGAACAUCUAUUGGCCAUGGAAGAAGAAACAAAGAUGUUGAAAGAAGCAUUGGCAAAGCGCAAUGGUGAACUGCUGGCCUCCAGGAGUAUGUAUGCGGAUGCGGCCCAUAUGUAUGCUGAUGCGGUCCAUAACCUUCAGAAUCUAGAAGUACAACUGCAUGCCAAUGGUAAACAUAAAAGUCCUCCAAAAUCCAGUGCUCAUGUCCCUAUUGAAGGUUGGUAUAGUCAAAAUGUAAGUAAACCGUCAAGCUUGACCUCCAUGUAUGAAGGUGGAAAUGAUGAUGAUGCAAGUGUUGCUGGGUCAUGCGCUACAGUGUUGAUGCCUGAGCACUCUCAUUUGAAGAAGGAAAAGAAUGUUGAUAGUACACUCAAGUCUGAAAGUGUGAAUCACCUGGACCUUAUGGAUGAUUUUCUGGAGAUGGAGAAGAUAGCAUAUUCAUCCAAUGAUUCAAAUGCGGCAGUAUCCAGUUCAGAUUUAUCUGGUAAUACACGAGAUGCAAUAUCUGAAAUUGCAAACUAUGACACCUCAAUAGAAGCCACAGCCAGAAUGGGUUUGCAAUCGAAGGAGAAUCUUGAAUCGGAAACACCAGUUUCUUAUAAUGAAGUGAUAGCACCAAUUCCUCAUGUGCAUGUAGAACCGCUAACCUUUUCGAAGCUUCAAUCAAGAAUUUCUAUGGUUCUUGAGGGGGUGUCCAAGGAGAAGGACAUGGAAGUGGUUUUGGAGGACAUUAAACGUCUUGUACAGGACAUGCAUGAUACUCUGCAUCCCAAGUCAUCAAAUCAUGUUGGUGAGGCAGCAUAUUGUUCGGACACUGCAUGUGACCAUAAGACUGGUGCUGAGGUGACGGAGGAAGAGAAUAUAUCUUCUUCUGGAGAUAGUAAUCUCAACACUGAGACUCUGCACAUCAUUACCCAAGCAGUAGCCAUUUCUAAGAUUUACGACUUUGUAAUAAUUCUUAGUGAAGAGGCUAAGGCCAUCCAGGUAACAUCUUGUGAUGGAGGACUGAAUGAUCAAAUGGCCAUGUUCUCUGCCAAAUACAAUGGGGUUACUAACUGUAGGACAAAUCUCUCGGAUUUCGUUCUUGACCUUUCUCUCGUAUUAGGCAAAGCAAGUGAGCUCCAGUUCAAUGUCCUGGGAUAUAAAAAUUCUGAAGUGGAAAAUAGUACUUCUGAUUGUAUAGACAAGAUUGCUUUACCAGAGAAUAAGGGUACUUUAGACUCGUCAGCUGAGAGAUAUUCAAACCGUUGCAACCAAUUUUCCGAUUCCACAUCUGAGCCUGACAUUCCACAUGAUGCGAAUCUUGUUCCAACAUCUGAAUUGACAACCUCUUCAUGGAAAUGCUUGUUGGAGGAGUUUGAACAAUUGAAAUUGGAGAAGGAUAAUAUGGAAAUUGACCUGGUUAGAUGUUCUGAAAACAUGGAAAACACCAAGUCGCAGUUACUGGAAACAGAACAGCUUCUUUCAGAAGUUAAGUCACAAUUAACAUCAUCUCAAAAGUUGAACAGCUUGGCUGAGACACAGCUCAAAUGCAUGGCAGAGUCUUACAGAUCACUUGAAGCACGGGCAGAGGAGUUACAAACUGAAGUGAACCUCCUACAGGGGAAAAUAGAAUCUCUGGAUAAUGAGCUGCAAGAGGAGAGAAGAAAUCAUCAAUAUGCGCUGUCCAGAUGUAAAGAUCUUCAAGAACACCUGCAAAGGAUUGACAGUUAUUCAGCAGCUGGGAAUGAUGCCAAUACCAACCAGGAGGAGUUGGCGGCUGCAGCAGAGAAGUUAGAAGAGUGUCAAGAGACCAUAUUUCUUCUCGGCAAGCAGUUGAAAGCUUUACGUCCUCAGAAAGAGGCUACAGAUUCACCACGUGAAUGGAAGACUCAGAAGGGCGAAGAUUUCACUGACGAAGAACCAACUAUAAGUGGCAUGAAUUUACAGGAUAUUGAUCCAAACGAGGACACUGCCAAUUCUAUCAAUUUGCAGAGAGUAGGAUCGAAUUCUUCCCUGGAUUCAUACAAUGCCCCAUUGAAUCCUUCUGAUUCUGAAGUCAACAAUCUAUUGAGAUCACCCGUCAGUUCAAAUCAUCCAAAUCACCGGCCUACUCAGUCGGUAUCCUCUUCCUUGUCAUCUACUCCGGCACCAGAGAAACAUUCCCGUGGCUUUAGCAGAUUUUUUUCCUCCAAAGGAAAGAACGACCACUAG